AUGAGCGAGCGAGACCAACAUCAGAAGCUGCACGAUCUCCUUCAAUCCUUCUUGGACCGCAACCCCCAUCCGACAGCGAUAGAAGCUCUCGAGAGGUUUCUCAAUGCUCGCCAAACAUUCAGCACCCCCCAAAAGUCUGAUCUGGAAGCUACCAGGGAGCGAAGGUAUGAAUAUGCCCUGAAGAUCCAGGCGCAGGUCCGAAAGACCCCAUCUUCGCAGAUCAAGGUUGGGAAGGACGAGAACAGGGAGGACAAGUUUGAACCAUUUAGACUCAAUGCUGCGCAAGUCUCUACAAUCCUCCUCGUUCCCAUGAGCGCCCUGGAAGAGGGUGGCUGGCUUGAUUGCAAGCUUCCAAGUGUUGAGCCAUAUCACAACCUGCAACUUGUGGUCAACUUGGUCAAACACUUCCUCACCAACACCCAGGCUGAAAGGGAUCCUGCCAGUGUAGCCUCAGCCGCCAGAGGAGAGAGAAUCAAAUGCCUUCGCCGAGAUGGCUUUGGGUGCAUCUUCCAGCACACAGAAAUCUCGCUAGUGACUUCUAUCCUCCCUUCCUCAUGGAACGAUGACCUCGAAGCCGUCGACGCUACCUUCGCUGUUACUGAAGCCUUCUACGCCUUCUUCGGCGAUGUGCUUGCUGCAGAGCUGUGCUCUCCUUUAGCCAACCAUACGGAGCUUGGUAGCUCUGAUAAAUAUUGGAACAUGUUGAUCAUGAGCCGCGACCUACGUCACUGCUGGGGCCAAGCGGGUUUUGGGCUAUACUGCAAAGAUAUCACUCCUUGUGAGGAACAUGAUGAGUCCACUGAUCUGACAAAGGUCCCUUUUAAUGUCACCAUCCAAUUCAACUGGCUACGCCGCCGAUGGGAGAUGCCUAACGACAAGAUCACUCUAGAAGGUGAUGACAAUGAAUUUAUGAAUAUGGUCGAAACACAGAUCAAAUACGAACGAGACGGAAGCCCUCGGUAUAAGAACAACUAUGGCGUCCUGAUCGAGGCCGUACGAGUCGACACAAACACUCCCAUCCUUUCAGGGCACGAAUUCACGAUCACUAUGCCAGGAGAAGACGCAAAGAAGUGCAAGUUGAUGUUGGAUCUCCAAUGGGCUAUUAUCCGGAUUGCUGCCAUGAGUGGUGCAGCUGGAUACCCGGACUUGCUUCCUGACCACCAUGAUUGGAUCAAGGCCAAGUUAUUUCGGGAAUGA